AGGGAUGCAGCAAACACACUGUACACACCGCAGAAAGUACAAUUAUUUGAUUAGAAAACAAAGAGCGAAGCCACUCGUUCUGUAUGCACUGCUAGUAAGCUAGCGUUAAAGCUAUGCUACAGUCUCUGGACAUGAGACAUGUAACCAAGACGACAACCGUUCCACAUUGCCGCCAUGACGACAGACUCCUCACUCCUCAACUCCGAGCUGGAGUUACAGCAGCAAGAGGAGCUGUAUCAACAGCUGCUGUUACAGACAGUGGGAAAGAUGCAGACUGAAAAUCCAGACUCCAAAGUAAUCCGACCACAACCUGGCAUGUGUGUGAAGACUCUCGCAGAGCCAGGCAAGCAGAAGGUCUUCGUCAACAUCUGUCAGUCAAACUCUGUCCCGCUGCCACCAGAACUGUCCAGAGAGGAACUUGUGGAGCUGCUCCAAUCAGAAGAUCCCAGCGGAUACAGAGUUCCCAUGAGCCUCGGCGAGCCGCACACAGAAAUAGACAAUAACUCUCAGGGUUGCACAGCAUAUGAUGUGGUCGUCAACCAGGAGUUCUUCCAGAAGUGCCAGACGGAUCCCUUGUUCCAGCAGUUUGUUAUUCUGGUGUCUUUAGAGGGUUUGGAGAACAAAUACAAUCUGGAGCUAAGUAGAGACUGGAAGGUGCUGAAGAACAGAAAGUUUUUGGGUUCUGUUAGCGAGCAGAACAUCCGGACAAAGGGCAGGCCGGUGAUUCAAGAACUGCAGCCUCAGGACAGCUUCACUGCUACGGCCCAAAGACCAGAGUUCACGUUGCUUGUGGAGCCCCCUGCUGGUGAUCCUGAGUACCUCAUUGCAGAAAUAAAGCUCCCCGGAGUGACUGUCAGUGUAGGAGAGUCUCAGCUGGGUGAACUUGUCUCCUGUGCAGCCGUCGUCUCGCUCUCUGGUUCUGGAUGUUGGAGAGGACCGACUGGUGUUGACAGCUCGGCCCUCGCUCUUCUAUCUCGACAUCUUCCACCCCUUCCUCGCCGACCAGAAGAACAGCGUGGCACAGUACAACAGCAGCACUCAGAUCCUUACAGUCACUAUGCCCGUGGUGUCUCCAUGAAAUUACGGAAAUAAUGUUCAGUUAUUUAUAUUUUGUUCAAAAAUGAUGCUGUACUAAUAAAAGUGUUUUUUAUAAAGUCA